CGGGGAGUUUCAAGCCGGUGUGUUGAGUUACGACUUACGCCAUUUUGCAGUGACAGCGGUGCGCUAAAGCGGUGGAGACAGAAAACCCGAGAAGUCCCGGUUUAGAGUGUGAAGCAUGGGGAAUGUCUUUGCGAACCUGUUUAAGGGUUUAUUCGGGAAGAAGGAGAUGAGAAUUCUCAUGGUGGGUCUCGACGCCGCCGGUAAAACCACCAUCCUGUAUAAACUCAAGCUGGGAGAAAUAGUUACCACCAUUCCCACUAUCGGUUUUAACGUAGAGACGGUAGAGUAUAAGAAUAUCAGUUUCACGGUUUGGGAUGUUGGUGGCCAAGACAAAAUCAGACCACUUUGGAGGCACUAUUUCCAGAACACUCAAGGUUUGAUCUUCGUAGUGGACAGUAAUGACAGGGAACGAGUAAAUGAAGCCAGGGAGGAGUUGACAAGAAUGUUGGCAGAAGACGAGUUGCGUGAUGCUGUACUUCUCGUUUUUGCAAACAAACAGGACCUUCCCAACGCCAUGAACGCAGCUGAGAUUACAGAUAAACUGGGUCUCCAUGCUCUCCGUCACCGUAACUGGUACAUCCAGGCCACCUGCGCCACCAGUGGAGACGGGCUCUACGAAGGCCUGGACUGGCUCUCCAAUCAGCUGAAGAACCAGAAAUGAGCUCAUCUGCAGCCUCCAAAUCUGUGUGUGUGUUUGUUGUUGCGCGAUUGGGUAGGUGUGCGUGUUUUGUGCGCGUGUUUGAGAGAGGGAGACCCACACACACACAGCUCCAGUACUGACCCAAACUACAUCCCUCAUCCCCUCCGUCAUUGGUUAAGGUUUGGGCAUUGCUGAUUGGGACUGUGUUUGUGUGCAUAGUGAAGCGUUUCUCUUCGGUAUGCAUGCUGGAAUGUAACGUUUCUGCGUGUUCGUGUGUGUAUGAAGGCUUCUCUGUCUGUUUGCUUGGUUUGGGAUUGACCCUGGCGUGCCUUUUAUACACAUACUUCUUUUUUUGUUCCCCCCUCACAAACUUUGCUCCACGCGUGGUUUCCACAUGCUGAAGAAAGAAGCAAGGGUGUCUAAAAAAAAACCCUUACUGCAAUAAAUUAAAUAACAGCUAGUAUUGAAGGCCUGCUGAAUAUCUGACCCGUGCACUUAAUUGAGAUUUAAAAACCUGCCCUGUAUCUUAAGAGAACAAAACAAAUAAUAAUAAAGCAUUGUUUGUAACCUGUAUCAGGUCAGGAUGGAUUCGCUCCGAUUUCUGCAUCCUUGAUCGUUCUUUCUUCAUCAUUUGGAAAUCGUGCUGUUUUAUUUUUUGGGCUCCUAGUUUUAUUUAGUGAAUGUGUCCGAAUGUGGUAGUGGAGCUGUGGGGGUUUCCUGCUGUACACUACCGAUUUCCAGCCGCCACACAAACCCCAAGCACAAUCACAGACUGCUGAACAUUCCCCCUGCCACCAAACUGUUGGAUUUGAUUUCAAUUAAAAACAUCAUAUAUGACAUAUAUACA